AUGGAUCUCACUCUCCCUGUCCCGAUUUACAUCAUGGUGGGCCUAGCAGCCUACCAAUGCCUCAAUCACCUCCUGCGCAUGCUAGUCAGACAUCUCAACCCGUCCUUCUAUGCCAGUCUCGAACUCGACAAACCAAAGAAACUGCGUCCCUGCCUCGUCUUCCCACUCGGCACCCUCCUGACCCUCCUCAUCUCGACCCCGGCCUGUCUAUCCGCAUACACCUCAACACCCCCAGAGACAGACACCUUCAGGACCCAGCGGUCCUACACAACCAGCGGCAGCAUCUGCCUCGCCUCCCGUGGUAUCCUCUGGAUUUCAGAGAUGCCUCCUCUCAGCUACUCCUCGGAAUACCUCACGCACCACAUCCUCGCCCUUGGUUCGAUACUCAUAGUCGUGUUCCGAGACAUGCCUCGCCGGCCGAUCUACCUCAUCUACGCCGGCCUGGUCACAGAGAUCUUCAAAAACACCGCCGCGACACUGAAGCUGCACGGUCGGAAUGCGACGAACUCGGCCGUGUUCCGUGGAGCCUUGCUGGUCAACGUCGUGUUGAUGGUGCUGUUGAGGAUCUUUCCUAUUGUGGUUUACCUGGCGAACAUGGAGGAGACGAGCCUAGAUCUGGUUGGAGGCGUUGCGAUGUACUGCGCGUAUCUCACACAUUUGACGUUCCUGCAACUGAAGACACUUGGCUUCGUCGACAUGACCAUCGGAGAGCUGCUUCAUGAUCGGCUAUUUGGGAGCUCGGUCAAGCAUCCGGCCGCGAGAUGGCUUCCUCGCCCGAUGACUCUGGUUGCUUGCGGCGCCCUAGCUAUCGCAACGUCUGCCAUCAGCGAGUACAUCACGGCGAUUCCUCAAAUCUCUGCGGUCACGAUGGAACCGACAGCAUAG